UUAUUAAAAUGAAGUAGCGUGAAUUGGUGAAAGGGUGUGGAAAGCCUUUGUUUUCAGAUAAACCCUUCAAUCAAUAUAAACACACAUAUAAAACCCGUACGUACCCUCUCUUCUCCUCCCAGUCCCAACAAUCAGUUGCAUAUAAUUCUCCUGAAAAGUUAUUCUCUCUUUUUUCUUUAUUCCUUUUCAUUUUCUAGAGAGCUUCUUCUCCGAUGGCGAACUGGUUCUGCCUCUCGGCGGUCUAUGAUUGGUACCUCCGGUGUCGCUUCUCCAUGGCGGGCCUAAAGCCGACGACGACGGACCUCGGCGACGGGACCAUCAUGCACUGCUGGGUCCCACGGAAACGGGCCGAUUCGAAGCCGAAUCUCCUCCUCAUCCACGGCAUCGGAGCGAACGCAAUGUGGCAGUUCAGCGACUUCGUGUCCCCACUUGUCGGCCACUUCAACCUCUACAUCCCCGACCUCGUAUUCUACGGCGCGUCGUGGACGACCCGACCCGAGAGGUCCGAGUCGUUCCACGCCCGAUGCGUCGCCGUUUUGAUGGAGGCGCAGGGGGUGAGGAGGAUGCACGUGGUGGGGCUCAGCUACGGCGGCUUUGUCGGGUACUGGUUGGCGGCGCAGUUUAAGGAGAGGGUGGAGAGGGUGGUGCUAUGUUGCGCCGGGGUGUGCAUGGAGGAUAAGGACAUGGAGGAGGGGAUGUUUCAGGUGCGGAAUGUCGACGAGGCCGUUUCGGUGUUGCAACCGCAGACGGUGAGUAAGGCAAGGGACUUGCUGAGGAUGACGUUUUACGAGCCUCUCAAGUUCGUUCCGGGGUUUUUCCUCAAUGAUUUCAUUAAGUUCAUGUGCACGGAACACGUUCAAGAGAGGGCGGAUAUGAUCCGUGUAUUACACAAGGACAGAAAAUUAUCUAAUCUUCCCAAGAUAACCCAGCCUACUUUAAUUCUCUGGGGAGAACAUGACCUCAUAUUCCCAAUCGAGUUGGCACACCGAUUAAAGAGGCACGUGGGUGAGAAUGCACAAUUAGUAAUCAUAAAAAAUGCAGGGCAUGCCAUAAACGCAGAGAAGCCAAAAGAGAUGUGCAAUCACUACAAGUCCUUCCUCCUUAGUCAACUCCCUCCCAAGGCAGAAAAUGGUAACAACAACAUCAUCAACGGCCACAAGGUCUAUUGAGAAGGAAAAUCGAGUUUCACUCAUUUACUGAACUGAAAUUUACCACAAAACCAAGUAAUUUCAGUUGUGUGUGUGUGUGUCUACGUUUUUGUUUUAAAUUUUAGUUUUAUAUAUACAUUUUCUUUUUUGAAUGCCACUUUUCUAUAUCCACAUUUUUGAUAAAGGAAUGUGAAAUGUGUAGUUAUGGAAAAACUUAAAGAAAUCCGACUCAUCUCUGCUGAAAACUGUUGUUGGAU